UGGAGCCGCUUGGCCUCUGACGUCACUUCCGGUUGCGUGCGUCUGCGGGGCUGCUGUGCUGUGCUGUGUGACUGGGACGUUGUAUUUCCACGCCAAGCAAACGACUAACCACGUUAAACGCACGCAGAGGCGGAUUUAUCUGUCCGUGACAGAGGAUUUAUUUGUAGCAGAGUUCAAUACAAAUAGUCAUCAGACUGGAGCUCAGUGGACUUUGUUUUCUGGUUACGCUUCAGUGACCCGCUGCAGCAGCAACAGACCAAGCACGCCGCCGCUGCUGUGAGGAAACAAGCUCCGCGAUCAGUCCGCUAAGCUGUGUGAUCAUUGACAGAGUUCAAUACACACAGACUUGGGGUGAUAACUGGCGUGAGAUCGGUGCAUUGUAGCUCGCAGUGUCUUCAGUAGCCGACAGCUGAGAGUCUCCGUAACACUGAGUUUUUUUUAAACUGAGCAACAGUCGGGCAUUUGACCAACUGGAACAGUUUGCACAAUUUCCACCAGCUUGUCUGCAGCCCCCUCCCAACCCGGACAGUCUUCUGCCCCAGCAUGAAUGAAGUCAGUGUUGUGAGAGAGGGAUGGCUCCACAAGAGAGGUGAAUACAUUAAGACAUGGCGACCUCGCUACUUUAUUCUCAAGAGCGAUGGCUCUUUUAUUGGCUACAAAGAGAAGCCUGAGGUGUCAAGUGACCACAGCCUCCCACCGCUCAACAACUUCUCUGUCGCAGAAUGCCAGCUCAUGAAGACAGAGCGCCCCCGGCCCAACACAUUUGUGAUUCGUUGCCUCCAGUGGACCUCUGUUAUCGAGCGGACCUUCCAUGUAGACAGCAACGAGGAGAGGGAGGAAUGGAUGCAAACAAUCCAGGCAGUGGCAAAUAGCCUGAAGAGCCAGCAGCAGGACGAGGAGCCCAUGGAGAUCAAAUUUGGCUCCCCGAGUGACAGCAGUGGCACAGAGGAGAUGGAGAUUGCUGUGUCCAAAUCCCGCACAAAAGUGAACAUGAGUGAUUUCGACUACCUGAAGCUGUUGGGCAAAGGGACAUUUGGUAAAGUGAUCCUGGUAAAGGAGAAGGCCACAGGGAUGUACUACGCCAUGAAAAUCCUCCGCAAAGAAGUCAUCAUUGCUAAAGAUGAGGUGGCUCACACAGUUACAGAAAGCAGAGUUCUUCAAAACACACGACACCCAUUUCUAACGACACUAAAAUAUGCAUUUCAAACACACGACCGACUAUGCUUUGUGAUGGAGUAUGCAAAUGGAGGAGAACUUUUCUUUCACUUAUCACGGGACAGAGUGUUCACAGAAGACAGAGCGCGAUUCUAUGGUGCAGAAAUAGUGUCAGCACUGGAGUACCUGCACUCACGCAACGUAGUUUAUAGAGAUUUAAAGCUGGAGAACCUCAUGUUGGACAAGGAUGGCCACAUUAAGAUAACAGACUUUGGGCUGUGUAAAGAGGGGAUCACAGACGGUGCCACAAUGAAAACCUUCUGUGGAACACCAGAGUACCUGGCACCAGAGGUGCUGGAGGACAACGACUACGGACGAGCGGUGGACUGGUGGGGACUGGGUGUGGUCAUGUAUGAGAUGAUGUGUGGCAGGUUGCCCUUUUACAACCAAGACCACGAACGCCUGUUUGAACUCAUCCUCAUGGAGGAGAUUCGAUUUCCGAAGAACCUGGCUCCUGAGGCGAAGGCACUGUUGGCUGGACUGCUUAAAAAGGACCCCAAACAAAGGCUUGGAGGUGGACCAGACGAUGCCAAAGAAGUGAUGACCCAUAAGUUUUUCACCGCCAUCAACUGGCAGGAUGUCAUUGAUAAAAAGCUUAUUCCACCAUUCAAGCCGCAGGUGACAUCAGAGACAGACACGCGCUACUUCGAUGAUGAGUUCACGGCACAGUCUAUUACAAUAACACCUCCAGACAAGUAUGACAGUUUAGAUGCAGAGGACUCUGAUCAGCGCACGCAUUUCCCCCAGUUCUCCUACUCCGCCAGCAUACGCGAGUGAUCACUUAGACACACGAUCACAGCCACACACACACUCACACUGCUGGGGGAAUUUUGAGCGACACAGACAAAAACAGGCACAAGACACAUUUUCAUUCAGUCUUCUACAUCAAAGCGCACACAUACUGGCAAAGCAGACAGGGCACCGAGAAUGAAACGAACACGCAGGCCAGGAACGACUGACCUCAGCAGGAUUGUGUGCGUAGACUGGCAGCAUUGUCUCCGAAUGUCCUCGGGGACCUGGCUUUAGGCUUCCCUGCAGGACCUCUGCUGCACUGCACUGGGCACCACAUCAAAGCCUUGACACUUUUGAAAACCAGGUUAUUCCAGCAAGUACCACCUCUUUACCAGCUGUACCCAUGCUACUCACACACCCACCAACCCACACACCGACUGCAUAUAUACCAGUACACAAAAAAGUACUUGAGAGAAAUGUGAGAAGUUGAAUCAAAAUUUGGAAAUGAAUGGGGAGGGGGGGGGUCAUCAAUGGCUGCGGUUUUAAAUGUAAAGCCAUAUUUCUGCAUUUUUGUGAAUUUUGUUUUCUCAUUUUUUUUAACAAGUGCUCUUUCUGGAACUUGCUGUUACAAAUCAAGUGUGGGACAGUUCCUACAGUGGGGGGAAAUGGGGAAAGAAGAGGAGGGCAAGGAGGGUUGCCAUUUCUGUGUUUGCACUGUUUAUGUGUGUGUAUGAGCACAUGUCAAUGUAUGUGUGAGUGUGUGCGGAUGAGUGCAGGAGAAUGUAUGAUCAACCAUUUUUGAUUCUCAACCAUCCAUUUGUGUCGGUUUUUGUGCAUGUCUUUGGUAACUCAGAACUAUUGCUGGAACAUCGUGAGCGGGACACUACAUGACACUCAAUUGCCUUUUUUUUUUUUUAAAAAAAGGGAACAAGCAUGUAUUUUAUGAUUACUUUCACCAGAUGGUGCUAAAUUGACUCAGUCGGAAUUAGGAACUGGGAUCUCAUGCAUGUUUUAAAUGUUGCAUUAAUUUAACUGCCGCCGUCUGUAGAGUCCACGUCGCUGUGUCCAGACUGACUGACCAACCGGCCGGUUGCUGGUUGCUGGUCGAAGCUGUAAGCUUAAGUUUUCACAAAGGCCAGUCAUGCUGUGUGAUACAACAGUAAACAAUGUAAAGAGCCUAGAGACUAGACGCAUGACAACAGUUCUGUCCUAACUCACCUAGACCAACGUAGACCACGCAGCCUUUCGCUGUCCUUAGUCCAGUAAUUUUCACUCCCUAGCUGAAGAGUUGGGGAAACAAUCUUUGAUUUAUUUUCUAUGUCAUGAUAUCGUGUUUAAAAUAUUUUUUAAAGUCUUUGAAUGUUCCCAUAUUUAAUAGAAAAGAUCAAUUGUUAAGUCUGUAUAUUGAGGCCAAAACUGACUGACUUGGUGGACGUUUAACACUUCAAAUGAUUCCACAUGUGAUGUUAAGAGUCUUUGGUUUGUGUUACUUUAAUUCUGUGUUGAAGCACUUAAAUUAAUGUACUUGUUCGUCUGGAGCAACAACCUGCAGGUCUGCAAUCCAACUAAACUCAUGAGCUGGUCUUCAACCUGAAGACAGGAUGAACUAAUCAAAACAUCAGUUAAUGCGUAGUUGACAUAAAAUCCUGCAUACUUGGAGUCAUGGCGGCACAUGCUUGAUUUUCUGGACAGUUUAAUGCAAUGUGCUCAUUGACGCAAAAGUAAAUAUUCCUUAUGGCUGGAAGAGUUAGUUGCUCUUUAUGGUUCACUAAAAGGAACAUCAAGACUUUUGUUUGUCAUUCUUCUUUUUGUUCUUUUCCCCAUUAUUUUUGUGUCCAUCUAUUUCUCCAAAUUUGGAAGACACGUUGUUUAAGUACACAUUAUAUUAAAUAUAUAUUGAAAGUUG